CUAGAUGUAUAUAUUUUUUGUAAGUCUCUAAGGUGCUCCUCGUUUUUUUAAUACCUACUUGGUGUUAGGUCCUUCUCAACACGUAAAAACCUCGGUUCCCUCAUCGUAUCCUCAGGCACUUUAAGUGGGGUAGCCUCCUUUGCUGCAAUGCUUAUCAGAGUGACCUUAUAUCGCAUCAGCCCUAGGACUCUGCUCACCCUGGAUGUACCCUGGGAACCCUUCAAAAAGCUAAGGGAAGUGCCUGUUCUAAAAGGACCCUUUGGUUAAUCCCUUCUUGGAGAGAAGGGGACUCUGACUUUCUUAGUCUUUGCUUUUGUAGCAGGUUCCUUUCCUUACUCUGUGAUGUAGAUGUAGUAAGUGGUCUCAAAGGGGCAGCCGUGUUAGUCUGUAGUCUUUAAAAACGAGUGGUCCUGUGGCACCUUAUUUUUGUUAGUUUCUAAGAUGCACAGGACUACUUGUUGUCUUUAAAUGUAAGUGGGACAUUCAUAGCAGCAGGAUCACACAAGUGUCAAGGCUGCCAUGUGAUUUAGGCAGUGAGGGAAAUGUUAGAUCUGGUGCCCUGCCCUUAAAAAAGCCACCAGAGAGAGAAUUCUUUGUGUGGGAAGCCAUUCUGGUUGGGGGGCAGGGAGAAAAUUCCACUGAGGCUGUCAGCAGGUUCUGGCAGAGUGUCCUUUGAAAACAUGCCAUUUCCUAUAGCAAUGGAAUUCAGAGCUUCCUCCUAAAUAAAACCUCCUUAAAAUUCGGCUGCAGUAGGAAGGCCCUACUCCCUGGUGCCCAGAGAGCUCAGUCCUCCCGAAUGCAGAGGAACUGCUAAACUUGAAAUGGCUUGGGAGUUCUAUAUGCCCAAGCUGCUGUCCUGCAGCUAAGGCUUAUGAGUGUGACUACUCCCCAGCAAGUGGUUGCCGACGCAAGUCAGCAGAAGAGAAGCUGGCUUUGUGCAGUUGGAGGUUUGUUUUCUACAAGAUACAUCCUGUUUUCCUUUGCCUUGGGGCCACGAUUCGUUCCUUUGUGAACAACAGUCCUGGUGGGUAGCGGUAAGUGGAGACUGGGACGGGCUAGUGCGCUGCGGCUCCGGAACGCCCCAGAAAAAACUACUGUAUCGCUAUGCAGAGAACAGUGAGCUCUUUUCUGCCACCCCAUCCGCCUGAGCAGAGAGCUGCACCCUUGCUGCAGAAUUCUACAGGCUGGUUCCAAAAAGCCUCGAGAGAGGAGACUGCUCGUCAGAUCUCUGGGUUUCAGAGUAAUGUCUGUAGAACCUUGUUGGGUCCAUCCCUGUGGAAGAGUCUGAUAGAAUUUCCUGAGGGGCGGGAGAUGAGUGAGUGGGUACUCGAGGGCUCUGCUGCUCCUCUAUCCAUCUCUGACCCUGUUCAUUCCGCUCUCGCUAUAGGCUCUCGCCAGCCAUCUUCCUUAUUGAUGCACAAGGGGAGCUUCCCGUCUGAGAACAGGGAGUUCACCCAAGGCUUACUGGUCCAGACUGGAAUGCUUGACCGACUACAAGGACGUUUGCUCCAGAGUCGCAGGGGCUGGAUGCUUUCCUUGGCGGUGACCCACCCCUCCACUGCCAAGAGCCGUGUGGCUACUUCAGAGGGCAAGGAGGCUGUACCCAGAGGACCUCACCCAGAGGAUGAAAUUGUAGACGAGGAGGUUGAGGAAGAUGAGGACCAAGGGCUCCCCCCGAGGUCGCCGAUUGUGUCUGGCAGCCAGGAACUGUUCUCCACUGCUGACAGACACAGCCGGUCUGAGGAGCCGCUUUCCCGGGACCAGGAAGCAGGGGAUGACACGCAGGAACUAAAAGAAUGAAACUCGCUUUACCCUGGGCUAAGGAUUGAGAACAAGUCAACACGUGGGGAUCUUGAGGUGAGUCUGUAGAAUUCAUCCCUGGGAUGUGAGCCCUUUAGCAGCUUUUACUCAGUUAUCUGUCCUGUCGAUUGUUGCUUUGAGAGAGACAUAGAAGGAGGCAACCUUCCUAACAGUAACACAUUUUCCUUAUCGUUGUGAAGCACACACUUAGCAGAAACUUGAAAAAACAUGUCAAGUAGCCUCUUUGAAAUAUACAGACACACAUUCUCUGUUCUCCUUUGUUCUCGGCCGCUGGCAAUAUGGAAAAUACCAGCCAUCAAUGGGUUAACUAGCAGCCAGGUGACUUUUAAAGGCUCUAUUCCCUUGAAUAACAUUUCUCAUCCUUGUUUGGGUGAUGGUCCCUGUAUCUAGAGCGAGACCUUGUAACAUGCUAAGUAAAAAAAAAAAAAAAAAUUGAGAGGAAACUUGUCAUCUUCCUGUAUUAUUUAACUAGCGGUUCAUGACUAAUAAACUUCACAUUGGUGCUAGUGUGUUGGAAUCACACUCCUCUUCCCUUUUCUGAGAAUACAGAGCAUAAGGAUGACAGCUGUCUUUCAGCUGCCAGGACGUAGGAUUAGGAAAGUAGGAACCCUGGGUUCUGUUCCUAGCUCUGCCUGUGGCUUGCACUCUAACCUUCAGCAAAGUUGCUGGCUUAACCUCUUGUUGCUUCAGUUUCCUAAACUGUAAAAGCUCUUGGAGAUCUCAGAUGGAAAGUGCUGCGCUGCAGUGUGAAGUCAGAUACGAAGCUGAUGAGUCUCUUGGAAAUACUCAUGAGCACAAUCUGUCCUGCACAACGAAGUCAGAAAGACUGGAUUACAUUAAUGCCAUGUACCCUGGACCACUUAAUAUUAUGUAUGAGCUGGUGAAGUUGAGAGUGAAGGUGUAGAAGGGGACUGUGUUGGACAGAGAAGUAGGAGAAAAAUUACAUGAAGGAGCCUACAUGUAAAUUCACAGGAACCCAAAGUCUCUGCAAAUGUGAAUUAUGAAAAUGUUCCAAGUCCCCCCUCUUUUCCUUUAACGUGCCUCCUUGAAUAUUCAGGGCCAGCUGACUGGUUCUACACUUUAGGUAGACACCCAAUAUGACUUGCUUCAUGAGGCACAAAUGCACACCCCUCUGCUCUGAAAACUCACCAGAGUUGUGGUCCAGGCCCUGCAGACAGACUUACAGAAGCAGCUGUCCAUCCACACAGACAGAGGGAGGAAACUGAAGUUCCAACAGGAAUAAUUUAGAGAUAGUUCUGUGGCUGCUGUGUU